AUGGAAAAUCAUAAUCAAUCAUGCACGGCUAUUCCACAAACAGCUACUGGGCCAAGUGUAUGCAUGGGAGGUCCUAGUCAUAAUGAAACUUUUUUUCCCCCAACAAAUCUCCCGCAUGAUGAUGGGUAUGAGUAUGAGCCUUAUGUCAAUGAUGAUCCAGUUGCCCUUUUUGGUGAUGAUGAUGAAAGAGUUGAGGGGUGCAGUAGUUCUGAUGAUAACUCAGAGGAUCAGUUGUCGAUGCUACAUGUGGUUCAAGUAGAUAAUUUAAAUGUACGACCAUUGCCAAGUCGUCAAGAAAGCCAAGGAUGGAGGACUGCUGGAUCAGAGAGCAGUCGUCCAACUACACAAGAUGAUGGAAAUAGAUGGAGUUCUCCAGCGUAUACUGCUGAAGAUAUCCCAUGCCCCUCUUAUGUUAUCCCCACGUUAUCUGGGGUGAGUUGUGGAGUAAUAGAAGUUGGGAAAGUUUUUGAGAACAAGUUAGAGUUGAAGACGAAGGCACACUUGUAUGCAAUGAAGCAGAACUUCAAGUUUGUAGGGAAGAAGUCAGUCGCACUGGAUGCAAAUAACCAUCUAUAUCCAGUUGCAUUUGGUAUUGUGGAUAGUGAGAAUCAUGAUUCUUGGAAGUAUUUCAUGUCAAAGCUAAAAGAAGCGAUUGGGGAAUUCGAGGACCUGGCGUUUGUAUCUGACAGGCAUGCAAGUAUUACACAUGCCUUGGAAACUAUUUUCCCCGAUGCCUAUCACGGUGCUUGCUACCACCACAUUAGUAUGAAUGUGGUUGCUAAAUUCAAGACUGAUCAUUGUCAUGUGUUGAUGUAUAAUAUAAUGACAAGCAAUUACGCUGAAAGUUUCAACAAUAAGACCCGGGACGCUAGGAGCUUUCCGAUAACUACAUUCGUCGAAUUUAUUCGCUUCACACUACAGUCCUGGUUCUGUAAUAGGAGAGAAACUAGCGAGAAGACAACUACCACUCUUGCACCGACCUAUGAGAAAAAUUUGGUGGAUAUGGCUGAGAAAGCUCGAUUCUUGAUUCCUUAUGCAAUAGGGAGGCAUGAGUUCCAUGUGUUAGAUGGUGAGCUGAAUGGUGAAGUCGACCUCCUGAAUAAGGCAUGCACAUGCGGCGUGUUUCAGAUUAUUGGUAUCCCAUGUGCUCAUGCACUAUCUGGAUCCCUUAAGCGAGGGGUGAACUUUUAUUCGUUGUGUUUAGAUUACUAUAAAAUUGAGACAUGGAGGUCCUCUUACACAGAAUCUAUAUAUCCUACUGGUGACGAGGAAGAGUGGAAUGUUCCACAUGACAUUAUGACAAUAACAGUGAGAACACCUGCGCAGAAAAACCCGGUUGGUCGUCCAAAGAAGAAACAAGGUAGGCCUAAGACGAAACGCCAUCCUUCCAAUGGAGAUAAAUUGGUUGUUCCACGCAAGUGCAGCACUUGUGGAGGUCUAGGCCAUAAUAGGGCAACUUGUAAAGUUCGUGUUUGA